CUCAAAUUAUUUUAAUACAUAAAGUUUUUUAAUUUGUUCUUCAGGGAGAAUGAGCAAUGCAACACAUUUGUUUCAUAUUUUGUCAAAAUGUACAACACACUGAGCAUACAGUACAGAUGGAAGUAGAGAGGUACUUUUCUGUGAAGCUUCUGAGGACAUUAUUUUCAAUAUGUUGUAUCAUUUUGUCUUUUCUUUCUUUCUAAUGUAUUCUAAUCAACGAGUCAGGAUUUACAGCAAUAUUUAUGUCAAAGGAAGUUCAUCACGUGAUCUUUGAAGGUUGGUGCUGGAAAUCCAGUUUUAAAGUUGUCCUCUUUAGUUGUAUUUUAGGAUCAUAGAAUCCCAACUUUCUGUGUGUUGAAACAACUGUGCACAGAAAACGUGAAACUGCAAUGAGAGCAGAGCUUUAGCUUAUUUUUCAUAGACGGAUGGAUUGACUGAUUCUAAGCUGCAGGAUGUAUGUGUAUGGUGUGUACCAACACCUGUGCAGUCAAAACACACCAUGUUAUAUAAACCGACUCAUUCUGACUCUGCUGAUGCAGUUUUUUUCUCUUUACUUGAACUCAAUAUUUUAUCUCCAGGAUCCGAAUUGUCAAUUUCAUCCUUCAUCAGACCUACAUCAACACAGGAGAGAACCUCGAGGAACUGUUGAUGAAGGAUGUGUUUGAAACCAUGUUCUGCCUCCAUGAUAGAAAGAUUCAGAAAAAGCUGAGGAAAGAGUGGGCUCGAUGGUCGGGUCUGUUUACAGGCCAACCACUCAUGGACGUCAAGUCUUACUUUGGAGAGAAAGUGGCUUUGUACUACCUGUGGCUGGGCUGGUACACCAAGCUGCUGGUUCCAGCUGCUGCUCUGGGUGUUGUAGUGUUCCUCUAUGGACUCGCCUUCUUUAACACCAACCCUCUCAUUAAUGAAGUGUGUCAGUCCAGCAUCAUUAUGUGUCCUCGCUGUGAUAAGAGGUGUCCAGUCUGGCAUCUGUCAGACACCUGCACCUACGCUAAGGUAAACUCAUCCGGGGGCCGGGCUUACCAGCUACAUUAAGAAAAACAUCUGGUUGUUUUGUCAUGUGACUGCUGAUACAUGACCUUUUACAGUGUAAAGAUGUAUGCACAACUGUCUCUGAUAUCGUGUUGCUGGGUUAUGGUGCGUUCACACCAAACACGGUGCGAAUUAUUCGCGUGAGUAGAUUACAUACAAAGUCUAUGCACAGACACGAUGAGACUGGCGCGGCGCGCUUGACGCGAAUUUGCGGCGCGCUUGACGUGAAUCCGCGUCAAACGCCAAA